AUGUCUAUCGACACAAGAACUAACGUCAUCGAUUUGGUCGGUAACACACCAUUAAUCGCCCUAAAGAAGCUACCAAAGGCCCUAGGUAUCAAACCACAGGUUUUCGCCAAGUUGGAACUGUACAACCCAGGUGGAUCCAUCAAGGACCGUAUCGCUAAGUCUAUGAUUGAAGAAGCAGAAGCUCGUGGUGAAAUUUCACCAGAAAGAACUACUCUAAUUGAACCUACUUCAGGUAACACAGGUAUUGGUCUCGCCUUAAUCGGUGCUAUUAAGGGUUACAGAACCAUUAUCACUUUACCUGAAAAGAUGUCUAAUGAAAAGGUCUCCGUCUUGAAAGCACUAGGUGCCGAAAUUAUUAGAACUCCAACGGAAGCCGCUUGGGAUUCACCUGAAUCUCAUAUCGGUGUUGCAUUGAGAUUGGAGAAAGAGAUCCCAGGUGCUGUCAUCUUGGAUCAAUAUAAUAAUCCAAUGAACCCAGAUGCUCAUUACAAGGGUACCGGUAAGGAAAUUAAAUUGCAAUUGGAACAUUUACAUAAAUUCGAUAAAUUGAACGCCGUCGUGGCUGGUGCCGGGACUGGGGGGACCAUUUCUGGUAUUGCUAAGUACAUUAAGGAACAAGAUCCAAAGAUCCAAAUUGUCGGUGCUGAUCCUGUCGGGUCCAUCUUAGCUUUACCUGCUAAAUUGAACGAUACUGAUGUCACUUCUUAUAAAGUGGAAGGUAUUGGUUACGAUUUCGUUCCUAAAGUUUUGGAUAGAUCUUUGAUCGAUGUUUGGUAUAAGACUGAAGAUAAACCUUCUUUCAAAUAUGCUCGUCAAUUGAUCUCUAAUGAAGGUGUUCUUGUCGGUGGGUCAUCCGGUAGUGCAUUCACCGCAUUGGUUAGAUAUUGUGAAGAUCAUCCAGAAUUAACUGAAGAUGACGUUAUCGUGGUCAUUUUCCCAGAUUCUGUUAGAUCUUACUUGACUAAAUUCGUUGAUGAUGAAUGGUUAAAGAAGAAUGAUCUAUGGGAUGAUGAAAUUUUGACUCGUUUCAAUAACGUCAAGAAAACUACUAAUACUUCAACCGCAGCAGAUAUCUUUAAGGGUGCCACUGUUAAGGACUUACAUUUGAAACCUGUUGUGUCCGUCGAAGAUACCGCUAAGGUUGCCGAUGUCAUUAAGAUACUAAGAGAUAAUGCCUUCGAUCAAGUUCCUGUUCUAAUGUCUAAUGGUCAUCUUUCUGGGUUAGUCACUUUGUCUCAAUUGUUAAAGAAAUUAUCAAACGGUACUGUCACAAAGGAUAGUCUAAUCAAGGGUACAUAUCUUGAUUUCAAGAAAUUGAACAACUUCGAUGAAGUUUCUUCAUACAAUGAAAAUAAAACUGGUAAGAAGAAAUUCGUUCAAUUUAAUGAAAAUUCCAAACUGGCUGAUCUAAACAGUUUCUUCGAAAGAAACUCUUCCGCAGUCAUAACUGAUGGUCUAAACCCAGUCCACAUUGUUACAAAGAUGGAUUUACUAAGUUAUCUAGCCUAG